CGCAGCUGUUUCAAGGACGCAGCGAGUUACUCCACAUCCACACGCCUCUCACUCCACUCCCUCGCUAAUCAUUUCGGGGCAAAGAGCACCGGCCGGCCUGAAACCUGUUGCCUACUGUUGUUGUCGCCUCUCCGUCGCUAUCGCCAGUCGAGUCAGCCGGUGCGACAGAGCUGGACAGAGCGGACAGAGCAGGUUACAUCGUCAAAUCGAGCCCGUGCAACGGCAGAUCUGAAAGCCAUUUACCAUGGCAUUGUCUACCAAAGCCUAUCGUCUGGCUGCCGGUUUGCUGUCGACCCAGCCUCAAGGCCUCGGCAAAACACGUGGCAUUUACCAAACCUUGAGGUUUUCUAGCAGCCUCGACAUUCCUAAGUAUGAGUUGGUUGAGGCAUCUGUUGUCGGUGAGAAGAAGAAUGUUGGUCUUGUGCGUCUCAAUCGUCCAAAGGCCCUCAAUGCACUUUGUGAUGCGUUAGUGAGUGACUUAGCACAAGCUGUGACCCUCUUGGAAAAAAGCCCAAGCAUAGGUGCCAUCGUCAUUACUGGAAGCGAGAAAGCCUUCGCUGCAGGAGCUGACAUCAAGGAAAUGAAGGAUACCUCAUUUGCUUCCAACGUCAAUGUUGGACUUCUUCAGGAAUGGGAUAAAAUUAGUGCAUGCAAGAAACCUAUUAUUGCUGCAGUUAACGGAUAUGCUUUGGGUGGUGGUUGUGAACUUGCGAUGAUGUGCGACAUUAUCUAUGCUGGAGACAAAGCACGAUUCGGUCAGCCUGAAGUGACAAUUGGAACCAUCCCUGGUGCUGGUGGUACCCAGCGCAUUGCCCGCUCUUGUGGCAAGUCCAAGGCUAUGGAAAUUUGCUUGAGUGGAAACCCUUUCACAGCUGAAGAGGCUGAAAGAAUGGGCCUGGUGAGCAAAAUUUUCCCAGCUGAUAAGCUUGUUGAUGAGGCUGUUAAGCUGGCAGAGAAGAUUGCCUCCCACUCUCCUCUUAUCAUUGCUCUGUGCAAGGAGUCUGUCAAAAAGGCUUUUGAAACUUCUCUUAAUGAAGGACUUAGCUUUGAGAAACGCAUUUUCCAUGCAACUUUCUCCACCAACGACCAGAAGGAAGGCAUGCAAGCCUUUGUUGAAAAGCGAGCUCCUAAGUUCACCAAUUCAUAGUGCUGUUGUAACUGAUUGUUUAUCCAUUUUUAUUGUGUAAAUAUUUGAUACUUUCCAUUGGUUUAUAUUCCAUGUAUGUGACUUUUUGUGGUGCCAUAUUAUGUCAAAUAAUUUU